AUGAAACUCUCUUUAAUUGUUUUUGCCUUUUUUUUCAUUGCCCUAAUUGAAGUAUAUUUAGGAGGCUUAGUGAUUGCAGGAUCCACCACCCCACCUCCAAAAAAGAAAUCUCCCAAAAAAACCCCUGAUCCCUUAAUUGAUGUUCACGAAAUAAUCAAUGAUAUGGUUAAGAAAGAAGAAGAAAUUGUAAACUUGUCAAAAAAAAAAUCAGCGUACAAGACUGCAACUACAGCCCUUGCAUCAACCUUGGGUCUAGUAUCAGCUUUACUUUUAGGUGGUAUUGGUUUAGUAUUGUAUAAUAAUGAAAGGGGUAGACAUCCAUUCCAAAUUAGAGGCUCAUCAAAAAGUGGUGCAGCAGAAACCAAGGCAGCAGAACCCGCACCCGCAGAUGAUGGCGAUCAAGACCAAAGUGGUACCGACUCAGCAGCAUAA